UCCAAACCUGAGGUCGUUCCUCCAGCCCGGGCUCGCCUUCACGUUUGAGAUGUUUGGCGUCUUCCCUCUUAAACAGCCUGCCUUCAAGACCGGGACUCUGGGACCGGCGCCUGGCCCCCUUUUCCUCUACUAAGACUCCACUUUCCUCGAACCCCCUUCCUCAGAUUCUUAGUUCCCCGGGUUGGAGACUGCUCACUUCCUUCCAAAUUAAUCCCUGCCCCACGUCCCCCAAUACUGGCAAUCUUGACAGUCCCCUCAACGGAGGGACCAGACUUCUUUUGGACUAACCUCCAGAGUCCUACCAUGGAGGCGGUGUACCUGGUAUUGAAUGGGGUGGGCCUGGUGCUGGACGUGCUGACCUUGGUGUUGGACCUCAACUUCCUGCUGGUGUCCUCCCUCCUGGCUUCUCUGGCCUGGCUCCUGGCCUUCAUCUACAACCUGCCACACACGGUACUGACUAGUCUUCUGCACUUGGGUCGUGGAGUCCUAUUUUCUCUGCUGGCCUUGAUAGAAGCCUUGGUCCGGUUCACCUUUGGGGGCUUGCAGGCCUUAUGUACCCUGCUCUGUAGCUGCUUCUCUGGCCUGGAGAGCCUAAAACUCCUGGGGCACCUAGCCUCUCAUGGAGCACUUCGGAGCCGGGAGAUACUGCACCGGGGCGUCCUCAAUGUGGUCUCCAAUGGCCAUACUCUGCUGCGCCAGGCCUGUGACAUCUGUGCCAUUGCCAUGAGCCUGGUGGCUUACGUGAUCAACAGCCUGGUCAAUAUCUGCCUCAUUGGCACACAGAACCUCUUCUCUCUGGUGCUGGUUCUGUGGGAUGCAGUGAUGGGACCUCUGUGGAGGAUGACAGACGUGAUGGCUGCUUUCCUAGCCCACAUUUCCAGCAGUGCUGUGGCCAUGGCCAUCCUCCUUUGGACCCCCUGCCAACUAGCACUGGAGCUGCUGGCCUCAGCUACCCAUCUCCUGGCCAGCUUUGUGCUUGUCAAUCUCACGGGCUUGGUAUUGCUAGCUUGUGUGCUGGCAGUGACAGUGACCGUGUUGCACCCGGACCUCACCCUGAGGCUGGCCACCCGGGCACUCAGUCAGCUCCAUGCCCGGCCAUCCUACCGCCGUCUCCGAGAGGACGUCAUGCGGCUGUCUCGCCUAGCACUAGGCUUGGAGGCCUGGCGCCGAGUCUGGAGCCGCAGCCUACAGCUGGCCAGCUGGCCAAACCGGGGAGGGGCACCUGGAGCCCCCCAGGGAGGACCUAGGAGGGUGUUCUCAGCCAGGACCCAGAGACAGGACAUUCUUCCUGAAGUAGGGCACAGAUUAGAGGCAGAAGAGGAGGAUGUCAGGACCAUCAGAGUGACACCUGUCCGGGGCCGGGAGAGGCUCAAUGAGGAGGAGCCCACAGGUGGGCAAGACCCAUGGAAAUUGCUGAAGGAGCAAGAGGAACGGAAGAAAUGUGUCAUCUGCCAGGACCACAGCAAGACAGUGCUGCUCCUGCCCUGCCGGCACCUGUGCCUGUGCCAGGCCUGUACUGAAAUCCUGAUGCGCCAUCCUGUCUACCACCGCAACUGUCCUCUCUGCCGCCGCGGCAUCCUGCAGACCCUCAAUGUCUACCUCUGAAGACUCCCUCCCUGCCUGUACAGCUCUCCACACUCCACGCGGGCACCCAUGCUAGGGCAGCCUUCACACCUCAUCUCUGGGUCCUGGCCUGAAUCCCCACCUCCCCACGUGGCUGUCAUGUCAAGCCUCCAAGCCAUACGCAUCCAGGACAUUGAGAUGGGAUACGGCGGAAGACUGCGAUCUGGGUGGGGGGUGGGUGACAGAGCUUUCCCUUGCCCUGUGGGCCCCUUUGAUGCUGACGGUGGUGAGUAUGUCACUGUGCAAGGGCCCUGAGACUUUUCCCCGUGGGCUGUCCUCCAGCUUUCCCAGGGCCCGCCAGAUGCCAGCUUCUGGGGCUCCCCCUCUCUGCUUCUGGUUUUUCUGUUGGGGAUUUGUAGGUCCUUUUCCUGCCUCAUUCCGACUUCUCCCCCAGCUUCUGCAGCCGUAACACAUCAGUGUCAUUUGGGUGUCAAGACCUUGGAAUGAUCUUGAGCCUUUGUGUUCACCCAUAGCCCCUGUGCCCUGGUAGGCUUUGGGGGAAGUAUCCCUCAGGUGCCCUUAGAGCCUCUUCUGUGUGUCGUGAUCUGAAACAAAAGCUGGGCGGGGGGCAUCUACUCCUGGCUUUGGGACCAUGUGCCCUCUGGCACCCCAGUUCACUGGGAGCCUCAGGAGGGAUGACCAGACUUUUACUCAUUUCCUUUCACUCCUUUUCACUCCCGACAUCACAUAGGAAAAUGGCAUUCCUAUUCUGUCUCUCCCUGGCAUUGUGGAGGGCAGAUUGCACAUUUCACUAGGGUCCAAACAUGGAAGGGGCCGGGGCCUGUUGCACAGCUCCCCGAGGUCCGUCUGGCCGUUUCCAGUGAAUAAAGUUCUGUUGACCAUUC